AUGAGUCGCCCGCCUACCCCAUCGGCCGAUCGCCCUGCUUUCUCCACUGAAUGGCGAUUUCAUCCAUUGACCUGCCCAACCGAGUUGAUUGAAGACUACCGGCCUGGGAAAUAUCAUCCCGUCCACUUUGGUGAUACUCUCAAGAACCCCUUUGUGUCGAAACACGAACUCGCCAUUCUCGAUGUGUUAUCACACAGCGCCUUACGGCACCCAGGAAAAAGCAACUUCAUGACUCUGGUCGACUUCUUUCAACACGAGGGGCCAAAUUAUAUACAUCGAUAUUUGGUAUUUGAUUUCAUGGGUCCCUAUAUAGGUGGUGCGCUAGAGGAUCCAUCGAAGGCUUUGGAGAAAGUAAUCAGCCAUAACAAGUUUCCAAUAUGGAUGGUGAAAUCGAUCCUGUACCAGACACUGCAGGGCAUAAGCUUUCUGCACGAGAGCGGUGUUGCCCACAGUGACCUCCAGCAAGGCAAUCUUCUGUUCUCCGUCAAGGACUUGAAUGACGUGGAGGAAACAGACCUUGCACGAAACGAUCAGAUCCCAGACCCUGUUCGGCGAAAGGAUGGGUGA